AUGUCAAACAACUCUUUUCAAGUGGCCGUCGUCGGCCUAGGUGCUCUCGGUAGCGCCGCAGCUUAUCACGCCGCUAUCAAAGGAUCAAAAGUUAUUGGCUUUGAACAAUUCGAGUUUGGCAAUGUCUACGGUUCAUCCCACGAUACCUCUCGCAUUGUCAGAACAUCAUAUGGCUCGCCAGACUACGUGGCACUUGCUCGCGCCGCAUACAAAGACUGGGCCGAGCUGGAGCGCCGAAGCGGUCUUCAGAUGCUUACGAUCACCGGCGGCGUGGUCUUCUUCCCAAAAUUGUCCGAUACAUCAGAUCUGAACGAGUUUGAGAAGAGUAUGAGUGCUUCACAGUUUACGCGAAGUCUUGAUGCCAACAAUAUCCCACACGAGCUCCUCGACGCCCAGGAGGUCAAGAAGCGCUGGCCGGCUUUCAAUGUCCCCGAUGGUGUUCAGACGAUUUACACUGCUGACUCGGGUAUGGUCCAUGCCUCCAAGUCUGUCGCGGCGAUGCAGUACCAAGCUCGCGCCAAUGGAGCUGUUUUGAAGGAGAAGACGCGGGUUGACGCCGUGACACCAAACGCCAAUGGCAAGGGUGUGACGAUUGAGACAUCUCAAGGACAAUUCCAUGUUGAAAAGGUCAUCUUGGCAUGCGACGCCUGGAUCAACAAGCUUCUUGCCCCUCUUGGCUGCGAAAUUCCCCUCACGGUUAUGCAGGAGCAGGUCACAUACUACAAACCGGCUGAUCUGUCACCUUUCGGAGAGACCGAAUUUCCCGUCUGGAUUUGGGCUGGUGAUAGGUAUUUCUAUGGCUUCCCGAUGUAUGGCGAGCCAGCUAUCAAGGCAGGUCGCGAUACAUCGAAUAACUUGAUGACGCCUGAGGAACGCACCUUCAUUCCCUCAGAGGACCUUUUCAACGAGUUGACUUCGUUCAUGGGUAAUCUCAUCCCCAAGAGGGGGGAGCCCCUACGGACUAUUACCUGCCAAUACGCAAUCACACCAGAUCGUCAAUUUGUUAUUAGUCCUUUGAAGAACCACCCUCGUAUUAUUGUUGGGCUGGGUGGAGGCCAUGCGUUCAAGUUUGCUCCGGCAAUUGGUCGUGUUCUUGCGGAGCUGGCGAUAGAUGGGUCGACGAAGGAGGAUAUCUCGAAUUUUGGCAUCCCUAGGACAAGCGCAGAGAGUAAACUUUGA